GUUCAGAGAGAUAGGAAACCUUGUUUAAGGGAGCUGCUGAAAAUCAUUUUCAAAAAGGCACAGAUGAGCAGAUAUAGGAGGUCUACGCCAACAUCAAGCAAGAGGCUGCACAGGCACUGUGAAAGCUGCUACAGCAAAUACUGCAAAGCUCCCAUAGAGCUCUCUGUGUCAUGCAUGAUCAUCAACUGCCGCUUGCUGUGCGGUGCCUCAUUUCACAUGUGCAAAGAGGAUGAACACAUAAUGUUGUGUCCUAAGGAGAAAGUACCAUGCAUUAAUGCCCACUAUGGUUGCCCUUUCACCAUGUGUCGCUCAAAGACGGCCAAACACCUGGAAGUGUGUCCUGCUAGCGUGGUGGUCUGCUCAAUGGAGUGGAACCGCUGGCCCAUUGAGGAUGUCCAGUCACCUUUAUUUACUAACGUGAUGAAGGACAUCCAUGAGCCACAAGCUCUAGACCUGUCCACAGCUCUAAGAGAUCAGAAACAAAUAUGCAGCAGGCUAAAACUGAGAAGCUUCUUUCCUCAGUUGAUGCAGGAACCAGAAGAACCUAUUCCAGCAGAAGCAGAAUAUGAGGAGGCAGGGGAUGAUUUUUUGGUUAAUGGUACCCAUGUGAAUUGCAUGAGUGAUGAGGUCUCGAUAAAUGGUCCUGUUAGUGUUCAGCCAGAGGAGUCUGUUGGAAAAGAUCUCACUGUGUAUAAAGACAAAUACGAAUUAUAUGAGAAGAUGUUUAGCAAGGAGAGAGGUGGCUGUGCACAGUCCCAGGAAGAGGAGUCAAAUUCAGGAGGUAAAAAAGACAGGACUGAACCAACUAAAAGUUCAAAUAACCCAUAUACAACUGAUCAAGGAGCUACCUUGGCACCAGUAGAAGAGCAGCAUGGAGAAGAUGAUGUCCAACCAGACAUCUCUAAAACUGGCCUUGCUCCUUGGCAAGAAGGAGUUCUGGAAAGACUUGGCCAAGAAGUAAAUCCAAGAGAGUACCACAUGUAUGUCGUGCACCAUGGACGUAUGCUGCUUGCCUUUGGCCAGAUAGAAGCUUGUACUCCCAGAGAGAAAGAUUUUGUUUAUGGAAGCCUAGAACCAAUACCAGUCCAAACUCUUCGUUCUUUUAAUGUUCCUGUUAGUUACCGGCACAAACGCAUCCAGUAUAAAGAUCCUUCCACUCGAGUGCCCACUGAGCACAGGAGCGUGGACACUUCUGAUUUGGGUUUGUCUUCAGAAGAGGAAUUUAAAAAAAUGGAUGAAAUGUUUGCAACUUUGUUAUGUGCUGCGGAAGUAGAGAUCAGAGGUCACAAGAUCAGUGAAUCCAUGGCCACAGAUGGACUUUAUUUUGAUAUUGGGACUCAGACAUAUGACUUUCUCGAAGCUCCAUUUAAGUACAAUGCCACUCUCGCUGAUAUUAAAGAGGACAGGGAUUUGAAACUUUAUCUGCAGAUGGAUACAGAGAGUGUAACACUUAGGCACAACAAAUCCACUUCCAUGUUCACAUUUAUGUGUGAACAUUUCUUUAGAAGGGAUGAGUUUGCGUCUCACUUUAAAAAUGUGCACUCAGAUAUCCAGUCUUGUUUGAACGGCUGGUUUGAGCAAAGGUGUCCUCUGGCUUACCUGGGCUGCACCUUCAGCCAGAGACGACUCCAGCCCUCUACACACAAAGCUACAGUCUUCUUUAACCAAGAACUCAGCAUCUUCACCCUCAGACCUGAUAGUGCCACACCGUUCAUGGCUGAUCCACAUGGGGUCCCACCACAGCAAACACAAGUUGGAUAUGAAGAUUCACUUAGUAAUCUUCCUUUUGAGGUGCUGCGUCAGAUCGCCAGGUACCUGGAUAGCUUCUCUCUUUCCCAGCUGGCCCUGGUCUCCAGGCUUUUCCGAGAUGUUAGUGCUACAUUCUUGCAUGAAAGAGGAAUGGUAAGCUUGAAAUGGAGGAAAAAGCUGUACUCUCAUGGUGGAGCCAAGUGGAAAUCAUCCCUAGUUUGGGAGUUCAGCAGUCUAUUCAGCAGAGUGGGCAGCUGGUGUAUUGAUGACGUUCUUCCCAUGGCCGAGCACCUUAAGCACUGUCCAUUUUACCAAACAGAACCCAAAACCAAGCCAUUUCAACUGACCAGCAUAAGGAAAGCCAAUAAAGAUUUAAAGAAUCGGAAAAGUCUAGUCACACAGUUUAUGGGGCAAAGCUAACAAUAACAUGUUUACUCGCUUCAUUUGUUAUGUAUUUAUUUUUAUAAGCGCACUUAUUGCACUAUACUAAAUAAAAACAAAAGUAUUGAGAUGACUUGGAUUUUUUAGGAUUAAUCUUGACACUGAUCUUUUAUAUCAGACUGAACUGUCCUGUUUCCCACACUGUAAUGAGGUCCAUGUUUUGGAAAAAUUGUAAUUUAAGUAAGUAUUGUAAUUAAAAGAUUGUAUAUCAUCCCACCUCACUGAACCCUUGUUACUGCUUGAUCAAGAGUAACCAGUGGAAGUUCAUCCACCAGCUCCUCCAAUGUUUCAUGCCAAGCACUAGGAUAUCUGAUGUCUUAAAUUUCAUCCUGAACA